AUGCUGCAAAGAUUAUUGGCAAUAAUCGUUGGAAUAUUUUUGAUGUCUUCAAUAAAUUCAUCAAGUGCUGCAAAUAUUUUGGCAAUUUUUCCAACACCUUCAAUUAGUCAUCAAGUUGUUUUUCGAGCAAUUACCGAUGAACUCGAAAAUCGUGGUCACACAUUAACAAUUGUUUCGACGGAUCCAGAAAGGUUAGGUAGACGACAUCCAAAUACAACUGAAAUUGAUAUGCACUUCACUUACGAAUUUUAUAAACGUGAAUUUAAUUUUGUGAAGGUGAAGGAAGCGAAAUUGGACGAGUUGGGAAUGAUAGACAGUUGGUACCCCCUAAUAGAGCCAAUGUACAGUGAACAGUUUGAACAUCCUGAGAUUCAGAAGCUCAUACAAAGUCGGGGAAAAGUUAAAUACGAUGCAGUUAUUGUGGAGUUUAUGUUCUUUUAUCCGUGGUAUGCUAUGGCAGAGUGGUUUGAUGCGCCUUUGAUAGGAAUGACAUCUUUCGACACAUUUACAGAAAAUCAUGAAAGUUUUGGAAAUUUUGCGAAUCCAAUCGCUCAUCCGGAAAUUUAUUUUCCUUUCAUAGAAAAUUUAACGUUUAAACAACGAUAUCUUUCAUUACGUUAUUACUUCUGGUACAAUUAUUAUUACACUCCAAAGUUUCAAAAAAUUGUAGAAAAACUUAUAAAUCGUUAUCUUCCUGGUACUACAACUUCACUUGUUGAACUACGUAAUAAAGCAGAACUUCUCAUGACAAACACUCAUCCUGCAUUGGGCUUCAUUCGUCCCAUCGUUCCAACAACAAUCCAACUUGGAUUCUUACAUAUCAAACCUCCAAAACCGAUAACAGAUUUAACGAUUAGGAAUUAUUUGGACAAUUCAGAUAAACCAAUAAUUUAUAUGAGUUUGGGAUCAAACGUGAGAUCAUCGGAAGUUAAUCAGAAAUUUGUAAAUAUUUUUUUGAAUGUUUUCAAAUUUCUUCCUUAUAAUAUUUUGUGGAAAUGGGAAACUGAUGAUAUGAAAAAUAAGCCAAAUAAUGUUUUCAUACAUAAAUGGUUACCGCAAGCUGAUCUAUUAGCUCAUCCUAACAUUAAAUUAUUUAUCAUGCAAGGUGGUCAACAGAGCUUAGAAGAAGCAAUUGACAGAGGAAUUCCACUAAUUGUGAUUCCAUUUCUUGGUGAUCAAAGUGCAAAUGCACAAAGAGUGGAAAAGUUAAAGAUUGGUCUUCAUUUAGAUCUUCAUAGUUUAAAUGAGAAAAUACUGAAAGAAACGAUUGAUGAAGUGAUUUCUGGAGAUUACAGGAAAAACAUUUUAAAUCUCCGAGAUAUUGUUCAUGAUCAACCAAUGAAACCUGUGGAUAAAGCAGUUUGGUGGAUCGAAUAUUUCAUUCGUCAUAAGGGAAUGGAACACUUGAACUAUACUGGGAAAAAUGUUCCAUUUUAUCAACUUUACAUGCUUGACUUUUUGGCAAUUACGCUGUUGGGAUCAUUUCUGAUGUUUAAGAUAAUUUCCAAGAUGCUUAAAAUUGUCUUUUCAUAUCGGAAAAAUAAAUUAGAAUAA